ACUAUACAUAAAUAAACUAAAAUUGACAAGAAAAUAGAUAACAGCACAUAGACCCACUGAAGUGAAUUCCCCAAAUAACAAACAAAAGAAAAAGGAAAAAAAAAGAAAAUGACCCCGCACCUCACAGCAGACGACGCCAAUCAGCUGAGCCAGUGAAUAACUAGACUAAACAAGUUAUUAUUGACCUAAUGCACGAUAUUCCUGCGUAUUCUCCCACUUUUCUCUGCAGAGAAGGCUCAUACGAGUGCACUCAGCAGAUGGGGACAACGCGGACUUUCAUUUUAGCGUAAUUGGUACUUCAAAUGUCUAUUGCGUCUGUCACGAGAAUGGCUUCCUGCAACUGCUUCCUCUACUUUGCCUAUGGCUCUAACCUCCUCACUGAGCGCAUCCACAUUAACAAUCCUUCAGCUAAGAUGGUGGACAUCGGCAAGCUGAAGGACUACCGUCUGGACUUCAACUACUUCAGUCAGCGGUGGCAGGGAGCAGCUGCAACCAUUGUGGAAGACCCCGGCAACCACUUGUAUGGAGUCCUCUGGGAAAUUGCCAAUGAGGACAUGAAGCACCUGGAUAAGCAAGAAGGUGUUGACCAUGGCGUGUACAAAGCCAUCGAAGUAGAUGUUGAGGCGUCUGACGGGAAGAUGGUGAAAGCUCGCUCAUACCAGCUCAUACGGCCCCUGGAGAAAGACCGACGACCAUCUUUCGUCUACCUGGAUGUCAUCUUGCGAGGUGCCAAAGAAAAUGGGCUUCCUAAGGAUUACAUAGACUUCCUGGAGGGCAUCGAGCACAAUGGCUACAAGGGCAAGGUGGAAGUCAACCUGAAUAUUAAUAAGCAGAAUGCUGAUUAAGUGUCGGCAUCGCUACGGUCUAAACUGUUUGCUUGGUUUUAAGGAACAGAUUAAGCAUCUUGAAGGUGGAAGAUGUUGAGUUUUAAAUUGUUAAGACUGUGUAUUUUGGUUAGGUGUUUUAAAUGUGAGUUCUGAUAUUUAUUUGUUGAGUAUUAUAUUUAUUUAUUUAUUUAUAAAGUUGGUCUGAGAUCAGCUUUUAUAAUUUAUAUUUGAAUAUCUAAGACAAUAGAUACUUCAUUUGAUGUGUUUAGGUUAAUGUAUUGAUGUAAUCUAAUGACCUUAUAUACAUGUUAAUUUAUGAAACUGAUGUUAGUAAUAACAUCAUAAAAAUAUUACUAUUAUUUUCCUCAUAUUUUACUGGUAAUAGAUCAUGUGUUGUGUUCUAUCCUAUUAUUUCUAGUCACUGAAUAUAGUUCACUUUAAAUUGCCAUGCAUAUGACUGUUUCAUGGCAGCUGAGAUUUGAGCACGUGCAUCAGGAGGAGAUUGAGUAAGAGAAACAGUCAAAACUGUUUUCCUUUUUUUUCUCUCUCUCUUUCUUUAGAUGGUUACACUAUUUUUCUUAAUUGCUCUUUGUCCAUUAUAGUUUGCAUGCCAUUUGUAAAAUGUUAUUUUGGUAAGGAGAGAUUUUGUUAUCGUCUACAUUUUUAUGGUAGCAGUAUCAUUUAUAUUUCCAUGACUGUUAUAAACAAAUUUUGAUAAAUGGAAAAGCACCAGCAGUAAGAUAUUGGGUAUGAAUAUAUGUUCUUAAGGUGAAGUGGAUUUGUCUUGUUCUGCUAGACUAGUUUGGUAUGCAUUCAGUUUACAUACUCAUUAAUGUUAGGAGAUGAUCACUUGUUUUAUUGCAACCGGAUGACAGUAAUGUACUUUCCUUUUGCAAUAUCAGUAUUGUCAGUUGCAAUAUUCUUAAUGGUAUUGAUUUGGCAUCUUGUAGACAUAUCAAGACUUCCCUGUCAUAAUCUAGCCUCUGUAGCCCAGUAACCAUUCCUAGCUCGACAGUGCUCCCAUCAGCCAAGUAGCAAGUAGGAAUGCAGGCUAGCUCACAAAAUGACCCUUCGCUUGUAGCUGAUGCACUCUUCCCUGCGAGUAAGGUCAGGUCGCAUUACUACAAUAACAAUGUAACAAGGUGUUUCAAUGCAUUCUUAACCACACUCUUUCAAUUACCAUGGAGGUUCCCAUACGUUGUAGCAUGGAUUUAGAGGCCAGACAGUAUCAAGUGCUAACCAAUAUUUGGUGGAUUGUUAGGUUAGUGUGAUGGUCUGGUGUAGACUAUGAUAAGCCGUUCUCUGCUCACUUCUCCUCACUCAGCUCAGAGAACGUAGAUAUACCCAAAAAGUAAAAAUCCCUGCAGUUCCUUAAUGUUAAGGGAUUCAAAGAAGUAGGCUUGUGAAUAGGCCUUCAACCCUCUCAACCACAUCAGUUUAUGGAAAAGUAACUUUGGGUAAAUCUUUUUUCCCCAGUAACUUUGUUUUGUUUGUAUAUUGUCCCCUUGGCAGUUCUAGUUUACAAAUGGCAGUGUAUAAUUGAUUGCUCUUAUCAUUUUAAUAGCAUUUGUUUAUUUCAAAAAGAUUGGUACUGGCUGAGUGCAAAGUCAACAGUUACAUGAAACACCAAAAUCACUUCAUGGUGCUGGAUAAAAGUCACAAGAACCAAUUUAAACAGAAAUCAUGUUGAUAUAAACCAGAACUUUGAGGGUCAUGGUCUGGGAAGUUUAUAUUUAAUUGCAAUAUGUUUUUUUUCUUUUCUUUUCUUUUCAAUACUAUUUUUCAUAAUUUCAGUCAUUAAAAUCAGCUAGUAGGAAAUAUGAAAUAAGUUAACAACCUUCAGAAGUUUUUUUUCCUAUAAAGUAAGGAUGAAAAUUUGGGCAUCUAUAUUACAGUUUUGAAAGACUGCCAAAGAAACAAAUGGAGUUAUUGUUAAGGAAGGUUAUAUUUAAAACUAGAGAUAUGAAAUUGUGCAUAAGAUUAAGACCUCUAUAUAAGUCUAUGAAAAUAAAGAGUCAGUUACAUUAAGGUUAGAUAAACUAAGGGAGAUGAUUAUGGUCAAGUGGAUGCCAAAGGAGAGAAGAAAGUUUUAUUGAUAAGAGGAACUUGUGAUGGAUGUUCUUGAAUGCUGUUAAUGUUCUGUGGUCUAUUGUAUAUGCAAGGUAACUAAAUUUUACAUUAUUUUGUUAUUUGCUCUCUUUGACUUUUACAAAUGGUUCUAUCUCUAUCUCUUCAUCAUUGUUAAUGUUCUUCUUUUAACCACAAGAAGAGUAAUGAACAGGACAAUCAGAGAAACAGUACGCCUGGGCACUGAAUGAUUGUAAAGUGGGUAUUUCUUUCCACUAUGGCAUUUAACUGUGUAAACGAAACCGUCUCGCAGCAGAAAAAAUCUGCUUGGUGCAAUGCCUUCAUUCCUACCAGUAUGCAUUUCUUAUUGUCUGUAACUGCAAGCAAGUCUCUUAAAUUGAGGCUUUGUCAGGACACUCAAUGUAAUUAUUUUGGUAUUUCAAGUUAUUUCAAGGUGUAUUCAGAGGCACAAGGUGGUGAUAAGAUUUAGUGUCAUUCAAAGGAAAACUCUCGGCACAGUAUUGGUCGAUACAGGUUUGGGAUUUUAUGGUUACAUUUCAGAAGGAUGUGUAUAUAUAUAUAUAUUUUUUAGUUUUUUUGCCUUUAUUUUUUAUCCUAACUUUUUACCAAAUUGUAAUGCAUUCCUAUUUUUUUGUAGUUUUCUGUAACAAAACUGAUUUUGUUUGUCCUGUUUAAAUUGUUCGGUAAAGACUGUGAAGAGAGAAAUGUUUGUUGCUCUGUAUUUAAUUGUCUGUAUUCUUAACAUAUGUAUGUGAAUAAAAAUCACUUUUACUCUGAACAUAUAUGGCUGAAUAUUAAUGACAUGCCAUAGGUCCUUAAAGAAAAACAUUGAUUUACAAGUCGUGAUUGUAAUAUUAUUUACAUUUUAACACUUUGUGAUUUAAACUGAGUAGUGAAGUUUAGUGUACCAAAAACAUAACAUUCAUGACAAAAAAGCACAUUGAUUUAUUUAGAAAACAUGUUUGUGUGCAGAUAUGUACUUUAUUACUGUCACUGCAGAUAUGUGGAUGUGAGGAUUAGCAGUGUUGCAUUAUGUUGGCAUGGUGGCAUACCCUGGUAGUCCUUUGUUGCAAUGGAUCUCCAGAAGCAUCAACAAUAAUACUGUGGUACUACUAUUUAGUGGUUUCACUGAUAGUAUCCACAACCUGAUUACUGUGUAAUCAAAACUUUUACUAUGGUCCAGAUUUUCGAGGGGCUUUGGAAGCCAUCUCAUUGUGCUCAUAGCACUGAUGGAGUAAGGUCAGGUUUUGGUUUUCAGUAAAUGUUAUACAGGAGCAGUUGGAUUAGUUGUGUGUUGUGAAGAAAAGAGUAAUGUUGCUCUGUUCACUUUCAAUUUGUUUUGGUGUGUUUCAGUACAGCUAAGUAAGUUGGAUACCAAAGGAAUUGGCAUUUGUAGGUGUAAGGCCAUUUAAGGACUUGUCUGUUGAAGAAAUAUAGAUUUGUUGCUUUACUUCUACUUUGUUUUAGAGAGAGUAUUGUAAAUCUCUACCUUAUAUCUUUGUAGGGAUUGCAAGUUCCGUUACUUGCAGGACAAAUGACUCAAGGCCAGACAUUGUGUUCAUGAUUUUUAUAUUGUUUGGAUCCAGUUAAUGAAAGCUAUCAAGUCAUGGUGUAAGCACAUCUUUGUGUUUUUAUUGCCAAUUAUGAUUACAAGCCAAAUACCUCAGCAUGAAUAUUGUCACAAAAGUGCAUGGAAUGUGUUCAAUUACAGGGUUUUCCUUGAUAUUAAGUUUUCUUUACUGUGUUACGCAAAGACAGGACCAAAAUGGACCAUUUUCUUUGAAGGUAUAAAGGUAUAGUAAUCCUCAGUACAAUGUUAAUUGCAUUUGAUAUUUAAACUCUUUUCUUUUCUUUUCUUUUAAGCGUAAUAUUCACUUACGAAAUGCUGCUACACUUUUGUAUACUAAUGUCAUACUCAAGGAAUUCGGUAGCCACUCAGGAACCUACUUUUCCCCAUCAAGAACUCAUCUGUGGCAUUCCUGCAAAAUGUUCUGUAUUGAUUUAGUCCCCAAUUUGAAGGUACAAUCUUGCUUGAAAAAUGGAAAGAAAAAUUAUCAUUCUCUACACUGGCAUUUGUUCUUUCUCAUUUCCUAUGUGGGAUUUAACUCAUCUCAAUUCUACUUGGGUCAAGGAACUCAUCCUUAGGUCGUCCUUAUCCCACAGAUGGUUCUGUGGGCUUGAAUGCCUCCUUAUUGGCUUAGGUGUUAGGCUGCCUUAUUUUAGCAUAAGCAUCACGGUACUUAAAACUCUUGCUGGUCUAACUCUGCCAACUUCAAACAAUAAAGAAGAGAUUAAAACUU